GAGAAAAUUGAGUUGCUCACCUCCACUUAGCUCAAGUAAUAUAUUAAUUGGCUAUAAAAAGAGAACAAGAGAGACGGAGACGGAGACGGAGAGAAUUAAGAUAAAGAUAAUAAAUGGGUUGGAAAGGGAUUCUGGGUUUUGAAUAUGGAAUUGUUCAGGGGCCAUUGGGACCUGAUAUUUCAGGUCCAGAGCUUGUAGCUGCAGUUGCUAAUGCUGGUGGGCUUGGUCUCUUAAGAGCCCCUGAUUGGGAAUCACCAGAUUACUUAAGGGAGCUAAUAAGGAAAACCAGAGCAUUAACGGACAAACCGUUUGGGGUUGGUGUUGUUCUGGAAUUCCCCCAUGAAGAAAAUAUAAAGGCUAUAUUGAAAGAAAAAGUUGCAGUUUUGCAAAUUUCAUGGGGUGAAUGUUCAAAGGAGCUCGUACACGAUGCUCAUAGUGCUGGUGUAAAAGUUGUUCCUCAAGUCGGGAGUUUCGAAGAAGCAAGAAAAACAAUUGAAGCAGGUGUAGAUGCGAUUAUUGUCCAAGGACGUGAAGCCGGAGGGCAUGUACUUGGUCAGGAUGGUAUAAUUUCAUUAUUGCCAAGGGUUUUUGAUCUUGUCGGCGAUCGAGAUAUUCCUGUGAUCGCUGCAGGAGGAAUUGCUGAUGCUCGUGGUUAUGUUGCUGCUCUGGCACUUGGUGCUCAAGGUGUCUGCCUAGGCACAAGAUUUGUUGCAAGUCUGGAAAGCUACGCGCAUCCUACAUACAAGAGGAAGUUGGUUGAACUCAAUGAAACGAAAUAUACAGAUGUAUUUGGCAGGGCAAGAUGGCCUGCACCAGAACGCGUUCUGCAGACGCCUUUCUUUAAUAAUUUGGGAACCAUCCCUGCUGAUGAAAAUGAACUAAACCAACCAGUGAUUGGUCAUUCAACAAUUCAUGGCACAGAAAAAGAAGUUCGCCGUUUAGCAGGUACUGUUCCUAAUGCGUCAACAACAGGCAAUAUUGAGAGCAUGGCGAUGUAUGCAGGCGAAGGCACUGGUCUCAUCAAGGAAAUCCUACCUGCUGGAGAAAUAAUAAAGAGGCUGGUUGAGGGUGCUCAACUUUUGAUCCAGAAAAAAUUUAAUCAGUAGCUUGUCAUUGUGAAGGUGUCCAGCCUAAUUAAUAAAUUUGUUUGUACCCAAAUCGACUUUCUCAUUGCAGCAGGAAAUUUGUAAAAUUUAAAGCUGGAAUUAAUAAAUUUGGGAAAGAAAUUUGAAGUUCCAAAUCUUGAA